AUGGCACCCCAAACACCAGCAGACCGUUUAGGUCGUGCUACGACUUUGGAAAUACCGCAGUAUGAUGAUGAUGGUUCCUCAACUCAUUCAACUACGCCACUCCAAGAUUCUACAGACGACGGCGAACAGAAAUACAAAAGUACUCAACAAAGAGAUAAUCCUCCAUCUUAUAGUCGUCAUGACUCUAUAGAGUUACAACUGACAUCGUCCUUACAAUCACCUUCAUUACACAACCCUCAAAAAAUUUCAGGCAAAACACCACCAACUCACCAUUCUUUACCACAUAGAUUAACCAGUAGGAUAUCAUUGACUGGAACACGAAGUCAUUUUGACUCGCCAAUCUCACCAGCUGAUUUGGUUGGGUUACAUGACCCAAAGUCAUUGAAACAUUUGUACGACAUGGGUGGGUUUGAUCGAUUAUGUUCGCUUUUGAAAACAUCCCCAAAGGGUCUUGAUGACCACAAUGAGGCCGAUUUAGAAGCGAGACGUCAUGAUUUUGGUAUCAACAGAUUACCACAAAGAACAUCCAAAAGUUUUAUACAACUUUGUUGGGAAGCAAUGAAGGAUAAAGUAUUGAUUAUUUUGUCGAUUGCUGCAGUUGUUUCCUUGGCUUUGGGACUAUAUGAAACUUUUGGUAGUGGUACUCACUAUGACGACGAGGGCAAACCUUUGCCCAAAGUAGAUUGGGUUGAAGGUGUUGCUAUUUUGGUGGCUAUUGCCAUUGUUGUUUUGGUUGGAGCCGCCAAUGAUUAUCAAAAAGAACGACAAUUUGCUAGAUUAAAUGCUAAAAAGGAAGAUCGUGAAUUAAUUGUUGUACGAAAUGGAGAAAAGAAGUUGGUUUCCAUUUAUGAUUUAUUAGUUGGUGACGUUAUCAAUUUACAAACUGGUGAUGUCGUGCCUGCUGAUUCAAUCUUGUUUCAAGGUGAUGUUGAAUGUGACGAAAGUGCAUUAACUGGUGAAUCAGCCACUAUCAAAAAAGUACCCGUUGAUGAAGCAAUGGAGAUUUAUGAACUGCAUUUACCAACUGAAGAAGACAUUGGUAGUCACACUAUCAAAUUACGUGACCCGUAUUUGAUUUCCGGAGCUAGAGUCUUGUCAGGGUUGGGUAAUGCUAUCGUUACUGCGGUAGGACCUAAUUCGAUACAUGGGAGAACAAUGGCUAGUUUGCAACAUAAACCUGAAUCAACACCAAUGCAGGAAAGGUUGGAUAAUUUGGCAGAAGGGAUUUCCAAGUAUGGGUUCCUAGCUGCAAUUGUGUUAUUUAUUGUGUUACUUAUUAGAUUUGGUGUUGAUUUAGCUCCAGGUGGUUCAUUCCAUAACUUGAACCCAACUGACAAAGGUAGAAAGUUUAUUGAUAUCGUUAUUACUGCGGUAACCAUUGUUGUUGUUGCUAUUCCUGAAGGUUUACCACUUGCAGUGACUUUGGCAUUGGCUUUCGCUACAACAAGAAUGGCCCAAAAUGGUAACUUGGUUCGUGUGUUGAAGAGUUGUGAAACCAUGGGUAGUGCUACCGCCAUUUGUUCCGACAAGACUGGUACCUUGACUGAAAAUAAAAUGAGAGUGGUUCGAGGGUUUUUUGGUUUAAAAAAGGAUGGACAAGUUUUGGAAUUUGAUAAUGCUGCUGAUAACAACCAGUACGAACCUACAUCAGUUGAAGCUGGUGAAGACAUUACUUCUGAAUCUAGAGUUUUCCUUGCCACAAACAUUACAUUAAAUUCAACUGCAUUUGAAAAUAGUGAUUAUGACGAAGACGUGGUUAAUGCUGCUAGACAUAAACCCAAGCAAAAGAGUUUUUUCCAAAAGCUAUUUUCUAAAUCAGAGCUGGCUACACAAGAACAACAAGAGAUUCUUUCUGCUGAACCAUUUUUGGGAAACAAGACCGAGUCGGCAUUGUUGAUUCUUGCUGAUAAGACGUUUAAUGUUUUCCAAAACAAAUCACUCGAUGAGAUACGAAGUGAAGCUCAACCAGAAAUUGUACAAGUCAUCCCCUUUGAAAGUUCAAGAAAAUGGUCUGGAGUUGUCAUGAAGAUUGAAAAUGGAUUCCGCGUUUAUAUCAAAGGUGCAGCUGAAAUUGUGUUCAAGAACUGUGGUUUUGAGUUAAACACCGAUGGCGAUUUGAUUAAAUUGGAUAGAACCAAACGCGAUGAUGUCUUGACCAAGAUUGAUGAGUAUGCUAAUGAUGCAUUGCGUGCUAUUGCUUUGGGACAUCGUGAUUUUGUUGGUAUUUCAUCAUGGCCACCUUCCAAUAUGGUUUCCAAAGAAAACCCACAUGAAGUUGAUCCUCAUGCAUUGAUCAAUGUUAGCGCUAGCGCCAGUGAAAUCAAUAAACAAUUUGUCUUGGAUGCAUUGGUUGGUAUUCAAGAUCCAUUGAAGCCAGGAGUCGCUAAGGCUGUGUUGCAAUGUAAACACGCAGGAGUCACUGUACGUAUGGUUACUGGUGAUAAUAUAAACACGGCCAAGGCCAUUUCCAAAGAAUGUCACAUUUUAACUCCUGAUGAUUUGGAUAAUGAGUAUGCAUUUAUGGAGGGUCCCAAAUUUAGAAAACUUUCACCAUCAGAACGAAGGAAAAUUGUACCUCAGUUACGAGUAUUGGCAAGAUCAUCACCUGAAGAUAAACGUAUACUUGUUGAUACAUUGCGUAAAAGUGGUGAAGUUGUUGCUGUUACGGGUGAUGGUACUAAUGAUGCACCAGCUUUGAAAUUGGCUGACGUUGGAUUUUCCAUGGGUAUUGCAGGUACUGAAGUUGCUCGUGAAGCUUCUGAUAUCAUUUUAAUGACUGAUGAUUUUACUGAUAUUGUUCAAGCUAUCAAAUGGGGUCGUACUGUUGCCACUUCGAUCAAGAAGUUUAUUCAGUUCCAGUUGACAGUUAACAUCACUGCUUGUGUUUUGACAUUUGUCUCAGCUGUGGCCUCAAGCGAAAACAAGUCGGUUUUGACAGCAGUGCAAUUGUUGUGGGUGAAUUUGAUUAUGGAUACUUUGGCAGCAUUGGCCUUGGCCACCGAUAAACCUGAUGAUUCAUUUUUGAAUCGGAAACCAGCGGGACGCCAUGCGCCAUUGAUUUCUACAUCAAUGUGGAAGAUGAUUUUGGGUCAAUCCAUUACACAAUUGGUUAUUACUUUUAUUUUGCAUUUUGCUGGUAAGCAAUUAUUUUACCCGGGCCAUUCGCACAUUUCCAACCACCAACAAAAACAAUUGGAUGCCAUGACGUUCAAUACUUUUGUAUGGUUACAAUUUUGGAAGUUGAUUGUCACGCGUAAAUUGGAUGAAGCUGAUGAAAUCACCACUGUACGUGGUAGAAUCACGAUGGAGAAUUUGAAUUUUUUCCAACACUUGUUUCGUAAUUGGUAUUUCAUCAUUAUUGCAUUGAUUAUCGGUGGGUUCCAAGUAUUGAUUAUGUUUGUUGGUGGUGCUGCAUUCAGUAUAGCGAGACAAACUCCAGGUAUGUGGGCUACGGCCAUCUUGUGUGGGUUUAUUAGUAUACCUGUUGGUAUUGUUAUUCGUAUCGUGCCUAAUGUUUGGGUUGAGCGUGUGUUCCCCACUAGAGCAUUCAAUAUUUUCAUAUACUAUGUUGGGUUCGGAUGGCUCAAAAAGAAGAAGAAGAGCAAGUAUGAUGAAGAUGAGGAGAGUGUUGGUGGAGAAAAUGGCGGAGUUGGAGUCGGUGGUGGUGGUGAAAGUGAUGUUGCUGGUGGUGGUGCUAAAUCAAGCACAUCAUCAACGUUGGCUAAACAUAGUUCGAAUACGAAGAAACCAAAGUCAUGA